AUGACAGUAACCUUCAGUGUACCUCGGUUCGACUUGGACUACUGUCUUGAGCAGUUGCUUAAGCAUAAGCCCCCGCGGCUAUUGCCGCCACAAACCAUCGAGCAAUUGUGUCACAUGCUCAAGACUGAGUUGUUAAAAGAAGCCAACAUCAUGAGUCUACAAUCACCCAUAACAAUUGUAGGAGAUAUUCACGGGCAAUUCCACGAUCUAUUAGAGAUUUUUGAGAUUGGAGGAACGCCCCCUAACACCAACUAUCUUUUCUUAGGAGAUUAUGUUGACCGAGGUUACUAUUCCAUUGAGACCAUACUGUUAUUGAUAGUGUUAAAGCUUCGAUAUCCUCAACGGGUUCAUCUUAUUAGAGGGAAUCAUGAGUCACGUACCAUCACCACCAAUUAUGGGUUCUACACGGAGAUAGUUACCAAAUACGGGGGUAAUACCGAGGUGUGGUCACAUAUCACUGAUUUAUUUGAUUAUUUACCCUUGGGGGCAACUAUUGAUGGGAAUAUUUUUGCUACUCACGGAGGUUUAUCUCCAAGCUGUCAGCAAUUGGACCAGGUACGAGCCUUGGACAGGUUCCGAGAAAUACCACAUGAUGGAAUAAUGGCAGAUUUGGUAUGGUCAGAUCCUGAUCCAGAAAUUAUGGAUUUCAAAUUAUCACCAAGAGGAGCAGGCUACCUCUUUGGGUACGACAUUAUCACCAAGUUUUGUAGAGAGAAUGAUUUGAUCCAAUUGGUGAGAGCACACCAAUUGUGUAAUGAAGGUUAUAUUAGUUAUUGGGGAGGUCAAUGUUUAACUGUUUGGUCUGCUCCAAACUAUUGUUAUAGAUGUGGUAAUAAGGCAAGUGUGUUGGAAAUAACCCAUAGCAACAUGCAGUCUAAAACAAAUACUGAGAAACAGCAGCAAGUAUUACCUGGUCAAUAUUUUAAUGUUUUUGAUGCUUCACCAGAAAAUGAUAUUGAUACUGAAAGUGGAAAAGGGGUUAAUGGGUUUAUUACUGAUGAAAAUGUAAAUGACUCCGAGAUUUUUGCUGAUUUCUUUAAAAGCAUUCAUAGGGGAAAACAGGCCGAAUACUUUUUAUGA